ACAGAUCGCGGACGUGCGAAUUUGUUGUGAUGUGUAUUUAAUUGAAAAAUAGGAGUAUUUUAAAAUAGUGUUGAGUGGAGAUUAACGCAAAAUGUCUUACGGCAAAAUUGUUAUUAUGGCUUGUGGGAGCUUUAGCCCCCCUACUUACAUGCACCUUCGCAUGUUCGAAAUCGCACGAGAUUAUAUUCACACAUUGAAUUUAGGAAAUGUGGUUGGAGGUCUUGUUUGUCCUGUGCAUGACGCCUAUGGGAAGAAAGACUUGGUUCCUGCCCAUCAUAGGAUAUCAAUGUUGAAGUUAGCUCUGAGGUCUUCAUCAUGGAUCAAGGUAUCAGAGUGGGAGACGCAGCAGUCAGGGUGGACGAGGACCAGGGUAUCGCUGCAGUAUCAUCAGGAUACGAUAAACAACUACCUAACAGGAGUCAAUGACCCAGAUCCUCCAUCAUGGCUGCCGGACGAUAUUCUGAACCUCAACAGCUUGGAUGAGCCGGACAAUCUAAUGGAGAAGUUCAACGGUAACACGCAAGAGGGAGUCACCGUCAAGUUGUUAUGCGGAGCUGAUCUCUUGGAAUCCUUCGCUACUCCUGGGUUGUGGUCUGAUGAAGACUUGGAGGAUAUAGUAGGUCGUCAUGGCCUUGUGGUGGUAACUAGGGCUGGCUCUGAUCCCGGAAAGUUUAUAUACGAAUCGGAUAUGCUCUACAAAUAUAGGAAAAACGUGAUCCUAGUAACGAACUAUAUAGCGAACGAAGUUAGUUCAACGCAGUUACGUCGUUUAGUCCGUCGGGGGGAGAGCGCCAAGUACCUCACAGAUGACGGAGUGUUGGCCUAUGUACGCCAGCAUUCCUUGUACGGGGCGCCCAGGGAACAUACUGUGAAAAAGUCUGGGGAACCUUCGCCAUAA